AACGAUCAAUAAUUUUUACCACGGAAGAGUCUUAUUCAAUUUUUCAAAGUCAUCUCAAUUGUUAUUAAUGUUAUUCAAAAAGUCUUGUUUUUUACCGGAGAAAUAGUUCUUCGCCCCUCCAUUCAAUUUAGUAAAUUGGUAGGUGUGACGAUAUUUGGCCAUCAAAUUAUCCUGGUUGUGAAAUACUUUGAAACAUCAGACACCUGAAUUUGUUGAAUGAAAUGCCACUGAACUGUCUCAGUAUUCUAGUUGAAUCGAGUUUCAACUCUCUCAGUCCUCAUCAAACUGGGUUCACAGUCCCUGUGUCCUGAAAGAACUAUGGAAAAUUACACAUCGGAUAGUAGUGACAGUGAGAAUAGUAACAAAGUAGUGGACUAUGCUUAUUUGCUUCAAGAACCGCAAGUUGUUGAAAAGAAGUUGGAAGAAUACUUUGGUGAAAAGAAGCUCUUCCGGGACAUCGAAAAACUGAUACUGCACCACAAUCAACUCUCAUCUCUUCCAAAUAAUCUGAAGAGGUUUUCAAACACAAGAGUUUUGGAUAUAAGCAAUAAUGGAUUGGUGGAACUGCCAAAUAUACUGGAAUACUUGCCACUGACCACACUCGUUGCCAAAAAUAAUAAUUUGAAAUACAACUCCUUACCGAAGAACUUCACGAAAUGUGGGACGCUGAAGGAGUUGAAUCUGAGCGGAAAUCAGAUAACACAUUUUCCCGAACAGAUAUUGGAAUUUGUGAACUUGAAGUUUUUGUACAUGGGCGGAAAUGGAUUGCAACAAAUUUCAAAAAGUAUAUGGAAACUAAAAAAUUUGCAGGUGGUAUACUUCGGAGGAAACCAAUUGACUGAAGUGCCUUUGAGUUUAGGACAACUACAGCAUUUACAAGCCUUAGUAUUAUGCGACAAUCAAAUAGAAAAUUUACCUUCCAGCAUAGCCAAUUUGCACAAACUGAAAUCGCUUCUCUUACACAAAAACAAGCUCAGAACUCUUCCACCAGAAAUUAUUGCAUUAAAAAAUUUGUCAGAGUUGAGUUUACGAGAUAAUCCUCUAGUUGUGAGAUUUGUUAGUGAAAUGAGUUAUAAUCCAGCUAGCCUUCUGGAACUAUCUGCUAGAACUGUCAAAUCUCACAAUGUGAGUUACACACCAGAUGAUGUUCCGCAUACUCUUUUAGAUUAUAUGAAAACCGCUCAUCACUGUGUAAAUCCCCACUGCCAAGGUGUUUAUUUUGAUAACAGAGUGGAGCACAUAAAGUUUGUAGAUUUUUGUGGGAAGUAUCGAAUUCCGUUACUGCAAUAUUUGUGUUCGCCCAAGUGCGCCAACAAUACUGAAUUGAGAGAAGAAAAUUACGACAGACCGUUCCGAACGCACAUGAUGAAAAAAGUUCUACUGGGUUGAAAAUGAUACAAACUCCAAUUCCGGAAUAUUCAAUAUUUUAUGCGUCAAUAUUACAACAAAAAUAUAUCACUCUUAUAGGAAAACAGACUGAUUAGAGGUUGAAAAAUUGGACCAAUUUUGAAUUGUAUAGUCCCAAAAGUAGAGUUACAUAUUUCUGAAUACUGGAAUACUAGAUUGGAUAUCAAAAAUAUGAAGAAAUACAUUCAGAGUGAUCAUUUUUGUAUGAUUGAAUUUUUAAACCGUUACGGGGUAGUUUUCCAUCAUUCAUAAGCCAUCUCUCAUAAUUGUUUCAUAAAGAAAUUAUAGUGCUAGAAACUUUGGAAGAUUAGACUCGUUUGACA